AUGGCACUGUACGGUGCCCCCGUGUUCGCCGACGCUCUCGCGUCUCGCGACAACAAGGCCCUCCUGCGGAGACCCCAGAGGGCCAUAGCGGUGAGAGCGAUACGGGGAUACCGUACGGUGUCGUGGACGGCGGCCACGCUCCUCGCGGGCGAUCCGCCCUGGGAACUCCAGGCGGAGAUGCUCGCGAGAGUGUACGCGGCAAAGUCGAGCCUCAGAGCUGGAGAAGGGCAGGUCCGUAGUACGGACCGAGCGAUGGACAUCAGGGCUCAAGCUCAGAGGGCCCUGAUGAUCAAGUGGGAGGAGAGCCUGGGGUCUCCGGCGGCGGGCACGGUGACGGUGGACGCGAUACGUCCACAUUUAAGUCGCUGGGUCCAAAGGCGGCACGGGGUGCUGACCUUCCGCCUGACGCAGGUGCUUACCGGGCAUGGUUGCUUUGAAGUCUGCAUCACGAACUAUCAUCGCUCUGAGAGACUAGAAGUGGACACGCCACGGAUCCUCUGCGCAGCGCCUAGAUUCCUGGGCGAACACCAAGGCAAUCAGCUGCGCCUAGGGGCCUACAUCGUGCAGCCAGUCCACCACACUCCGGAGCAGCUCCAGGUCGCGCCAACUGGCGCCGGGCCAACGACGCAGUCAGCAGCACCUAAAGUGUACAACCUAGCUAGCUCUGCCUUCAUCAAGUGA